ACUCCCUUCAGUUGCCCCUCUCCUCACCCCUCUCUGGCGAGCGGCGUCGCGACGACUUGUCUUUCUGGCGACUGAUCCCUUCUUCAAGGCUGCAACUCCUCUGUCAUCUGCUUGCUUUUCUGUAGGAGGUGCUCUCUCUCUCUCUCUCUCUCUCUCUCUCUCGUCCUCUUCUUCUUCUCCUUUCUCUGCUGCUGCUGCUGCUCUCAUGUUUUUAUUUUGCAUCAGUGAUUCGAUGGCGACUUGAGUACUUUUUGGGCACCUAUUACUCUGUGGAAAAGGGCUUAGCAGAUGCUGUCACGUCUUGUAUAUGGAAUAGGCUUCCGUUAAAUAUGAACAAAAUUGGAAUUAAUGAGUAGAGGAUAAUUCUCUGUGUACAACAUUCACAAUACUUAUGGCUGAAGCUGAUCAAAGUAUUGGGGAACAUGACAUGGAUCAUGUACCUGAGAACUCACAUCCUCAAGAAAAACAAGGGCAGGAAGAUGAUUCAACAAUUGGAGGUAGUGAAAAACGGUGGCCUGGGUGGCCUGGAGAAAGUGUUUUCAGGAUGUUGGUUCCUGCUCAAAAGGUUGGUAGUAUAAUUGGACGCAAAGGAGAGUUUAUCAAGAAAAUAGUUGAGGAGACAAGGGCUCGCAUUAAGAUUCUUGAUGGUCCUCCGGGGACGACUGAAAGAGCUGUUAUGAUAUCUGCUAAAGAGGAGCCUGAUUCUUCUCUUCCUCCUGCUAUGGAUGGCCUUUUGAGGGUUCACAAGCGCAUCGUUGAUGGGUUGGAUGGUGACUCAUCUCAUGCUCCUCCAGGUAUGGGAGGCAAGGUUUCAACAAGACUGCUAGUGGCAGCUACACAAGCGGGGAGUUUAAUUGGGAAGCAAGGAGGGACUGUGAAAUCCAUUCAAGAGGCAUCUAAUUGUAUUGUUAGAGUUCUUGGAGCAGAAGACCUACCUAUUUUUGCCCUUCAAGAUGAUAGGGUUGUUGAAGUGGUAGGAGAGCCUGCUGGAAUACACAAAGCAUUGGAGCUGAUUGCAUCUCAUCUUAGGAAGUUUUUGGUUGACCGGAGUGUAAUUCCAUUAUUUGAAAUGCAAAUGCAAAUGCCUAAUCCCCAUAUUGAGCACAUGCCUCCUCACCAAUCCUGGGGUCCACCUCAAGGUCUUCCUCCAAAUGCUGGUGGGGGUCCAGGUUUUGGACCUAAUCCUCAAUAUAUGCAGCCCCCAAGGCAACAUGACGGUUACUAUCCGCCUCCUGACAUGCCGCCUCCUAUGGAUAAACAGCCUCACCAGGGUAUAUCUGCCUAUGGAAGAGAAGCUCCUAUGGGUGUUCAUGCGUCAUCAAAUGCGCAGCCUGCACCAUCAAUGAUCACACAGAUCACACAGCAAAUGCAAAUUCCACUUUCUUAUGCUGAUGCUGUCAUUGGGACAGCUGGUGCAAGCAUCAGCUAUAUUCGACGAGCUAGUGGGGCAACUGUUACCAUACAGGAAACAAGGGGUGUUCCUGGGGAAAUGACAGUCGAGAUCAAUGGAACUGCUUCCCAAGUCCAAACAGCUCAACAAUUGAUACAGAAUUUUAUGGCUGAAGCUGCCGCACCAACACAGACCCAGACGGCUGUGUCUACAGAUCAAGGCUAUAGUUCUUAUGCUGCUCAUGGUUCGGUGUAUGCAUCACCCCCAUCCAACACAGGGCAUGCUGCCCAUGCAGGAGGUUAUGGGUCGGUCUAUGGAGCAAACUAUGGUUAUUAAGUAGUCUGGUCUAAAUUGGUUUGCAUUGUUAAGACCCAUUAUAUGUUGUUGCAAACCUAGUUGGGUAAAAACAGCAAAUAAUUUUCUCGUAGUUUUUAAUGUUGAACUUUGUUCUCUCUGAGCUUCUGCUGGGACCAACGUUACCCUCGUCAAUUUGUGCAUUAGGCUAACGGUAGGGUUGAACCAGUUUCAAUAUAUUUGAUCGACGUACUCCA